UAUGUUCACAGAUUACAUUUCACGUUUACGUGUCAUGUUUCACAAAUGGCUUUUCUUACUGAUCCUAACGAUUACGUACAUUCAACCUUUUGGCAGCUAUCUGGCUCCGUACAUAACGCCUUCAACCAAGAGUUUACAAUAGCUAAAAGCUUACGACCGCACUGAAACGUGUUAGAAAAUUUGGCGGAUGUUUUCCUGCGAUGUUGUGAUUGGUGGGAGGCUCAUGACGUUAUACGUCGGUAUUGGUGUUUGGGUAAUGGGUAUAAAAAAAAGCGGUUAGGAACGCUGAUUAGUCAGAAACACCCACGGAGUUUUGCAUCCGUCAACAACCAGUUGAUGUUUUUUUUCAAUCAAGUUACAGCACUGAAACGACCUACAAAUUGGUAUUAUGGACAUAACUAUUCUCUCGGCUAUGGAGGCGAGAUGUGCUGUUGUUGAGACUUGGGCUGAGUUCGGAUGUCCUUCGCCGGGUACAGCUGCUAAAGUGAUCUGGUCUGGGGAAGAUGUGUUGAUAUGCACUGGGGGCGACGAGGUGUCGGUCUUCAACACACAAGAGCUGAAACUGACGGCUAUUCUUCAGUUCCUGAGUCCAGUGUGUCACAUGGUGCUGAGUGAGGACAAGCAGUCUGUUUAUGCUGUCUGUGAGAGUGAUGGGGUGUACUGUGUCAGUCUACCAACUCUGCACCCUAAGUCUCCCACUCCCCCAGCUGACCAAUCCCCUGGCCCUGCUCUGAUCAAGGUGUCGUCUAAUUCGCUGGCAGCCAGAGACGAGGGGGUGUGUUCUCUGAUUGAGGUGGGAGGGUCAGGUGGGACCUUGGUGACCGUCUCACUGAGAGACGCAGCCUGGUGGUUUACUCUCUAUAAAGCAGCUGACCACCAGAAACUGACUCAGUUUAGUCUACCUGUCGUUUCAGUUGGUCACCAUGUCGAAUCAGAGGAAAAUGGUUCCGCAGGACUGGUCAUGAGACCUGUGUUAGCUUGCGUUUACAGCAGUGAUGCACCACCCUUAUCAUCUUCAUCAUCCUCAACAACAACAAAACUACCACGUUUGUCAUCAUCAUUAGGCAUCAAACAUUUUCUCCUGGAGCCUCUCCUCUUCAAGCUCCUCUUCGGCGUCGACGCUGCCCUCAUCAACUCCCCCAUGAUCCUUUGCGGCCUGCCUGAUGGGCGUCUCUGCUCCCUCCCCUUACUUCUCCCAGGACGAUCAGGCCCCUGCGUUAGAGUUCUACACAGCAUGGAGCAGCCAAUCAUGUUUAUCGGAACCACGACCGGGACAAAUGAUGGUCCACAGUGUUUGGUGGCAGUAGGCCAAUGGGGGGGGGUGGUGCUGGUCAGAACCUGUGAAGGGGGGCCGGAGGAGGGGGGCAAGGUAGCAGCAUUAACAGAGGGGUGUGUGUCGGGGCCUGUGGUGUGUGUGUGUGCAGGCAGGGAGGGCCUGUACUACAGCACAGGGUCAGAUCUUCUAGCCCUGGAUCUCCCAGGGGUGCGAGAGGAAGCUCCAAAGCCAGAAGAGAGCCUGGUGGUCAGCCACGGGGAGAGGCAAGGCCAGGGACAGGCCAUGGUGAGAGCAAGGGAGUCUGCUACCCUACAGAGUCCUGUCAGCCUUAAUGUCUGCAGGGUCAUUGCCCUGGCUGGGCCCUCACGCAAUGCCUCAGGCAUAGUGCAGUUGGUGGCUUUGUCUCUCCGGGGGAGGCUCCAGCGUUUAACCCUGCCUAAGGGGACAGAGACAGGGGGCAUACCCAGGCUCCCCUUAUCACAGGUGGGACAGAGAGUGAGGGACCUCCUUGCAGCCAUCGGAGAUGUGUGUGAGAGAGCAUCUGUGUUGAAAAGCACCAUACAGUCCAAAAACCACUCCCUCAGACACCUGAAUCAGGUGCUCAAUGUCUGCUGCCUACUGCUAGCAAAUCAGAACAGUGGAGAGCAGCUCCCGGUCAGCAAGAAGCCAAUCAGGUGUCACGUUGUUGCCAAGUGGAGCCGCCUGCUACAGAGAGACUCCCUGAAUCUGACCUGUGUUCUGGACAAUUCUAGUCCUUACAUUCUAGAACGGAACUGGACGUUCUGUGUGAGAGUUCUACCAUUAUCCUACCCUCUUCCUGCAGGGGGGGAGAACACCUCUCAAACAUUCUCAUUCCCAUUCCAGAAACUAGAGCCGGGUGGGAGAAUGGAAGUGUCGUUGCCCCUAACAGCGGCGGGGGACACAUCUUUCCCUGUGACGGUUAGCUGCUCGCUCACCUACUCCCUGCAAAGCCUGCUGGGGUCUGAGGAGCUGUCCCGCCUCCUGGCCAAUGGGGAGCCGGCAUCUCGUCUGGGAUUGGAGGGUGGAUGGGUCAGUCUGCCCCUUGACACGCUGACAGUGGAUUGGCUGGAUGCUCUGCAGGUGACUGGGACCACGCCCCCUCACAGGGACCCAAACAGACCCCCCAUUUCCCCAGAUACCGUCUCGAUGGAUAUCGUUGAGGCCUUCGUGAGCACCCGUCGGUGCAGGGGUUCUGGGAGGGGGGAUGGAGGAGGAGGAGGAGAGAGGAUGGUGGCGUCUGAUGGGGGGCUGUUUUCAGCAAGCAUCAAGGUCUCAACAGAGCUACUGAGAAGGACACUAGGACUGGAGCCACCAGGCUCUGCUGGCCCUUCUCAGGGUGUGUGUGGCUCUGUGCUGGGCUGGCUGCUGUCACAGGGGACAGGAGAAGAGGACUGGAGGGGCAGAGGGGACAAUGGAGGACAGGAAAGCUCUGUGGUCUACGCCCGGUGUCUAGGGCGACACACCGUCAAACUCACAGCCAAAGAGGUAACUGUAGGGGACACCAGUGAUAAGGAGGCUGUGGAGGUGCGGGUGCAGUGCUCCUCCAUGGCAGCCGUGUGUGGACUACACCAUGCAGUGUUAAGCCGUGUUCAGGCUCUUCUCCAGGGUACUGCUAGCACACAGGAGUCCUCUAUGGGAGUCCAGGGACUGGGCUUGAGACAGGCCCUACAGCGGGCACAGGUCCUAUCUGAGCAUCUCCAGGAGGCUCGUAUCCCAGAAGCCAUUGGACUGGGGAUGACCACGGGACAGACCACCAAGACACUGUUCAGCGUUUACAGGCAACUCAGAGAGAACCCCCUCCUCAUCCUCUGACACCGUUACCAUCCCACAUACGCUCCUCAUACACAACAUCCUCACACACAACAUCCUCACACACAACAUCCUCACACACAACAUCCUCACACACAACAUCCUCACACACAACAUCCUCACACACAACAUCCUCACACACAACAUCCUCUCACACAACAUCCUCACACACAACAUCCUCAUCCACACAUUUACAAUCCUCUCCGCAUCUUCAUUCUCAGCCCCACACUCACUAUCCAAUACAUCUCCUGCAAAGGAGAAAUAAAUGACUGUUUGUCUCCCUCUGCUGUUUUAGUACACAAACAGCAUUUAUUUAUUUAUGUGAACGUUUGUAAAAUAGUACAUAGCAGGUAGGUUGUGUGUGUGGAUUAAAAUGUACCUGUAAAGUUAGUUAGAACAACGGAUUUGAAGAGUCACUUCACUGACAACAUUAUCCACACACGAAACAUAACUUUUACACAUCUCAGAGAUUAUUUUUAUUAUAGUUUUUCAAAACUUUUCAGAAAAAUUUAUAUUAGAAAAGGAUAAAACAAAAGACAAAUGAAGUAUGUAUCAUUGCCAAGUGACAGGCUGUAAAUCACGAGCACUAUACUCUUUCUAGGAUGAUGUUACUGUUUUGAUUGUAGGGAAAAGCCUGUAAAAAUCUCAAACGACACCCAUUACACUCCUGUAUCCCAUAUAGAGGGCUCCUACUUAUCACCUGAAGCCAUUACUCUAUGUGUCUGUGUUUUGAAGUGGGCCUACUGCCCUACAUGGGGAAGAGGGUCAUGCUUGUUAAUGUUACGAUGCUAAGGAAGCUGUCCGCUAAUGAUGACUCAGCUACGAUGAAUUGAUGACUUUCUGAGUUUAUUAUUACACACUGUCACUCGCUUAGAAAGUCAGAAUUGGCAAAACGACAGGGAAGAAUGGGAAUGGAAGAGUGGAAAAGAACAGUUGGUGAAACCAGAGAAUCAAGUGAGAGAGAGGGGUGGAAGAGAGUGUAAUAGACAAUUGGUUUAAGGCACAUUGGUUUUACACCAGAGUGUCUCUAUAGGUAUUUGUAGCAUUGUGUGUAUGUUCUGGAGUAUUUGUAGCUGCUGUAGUAAUAAUGUAUACCAUUUAGCAGAUAUAUUUAUCCAAAGGGGCUUACAGUCAUGCAUAUAUUUUACACAUGGGUGGUACCAGGAAUCAAACCAACUAUCCUGGCAUAGCAAACAUUAAAGUGCCAUGCUCUACCAACUGAGCUACAGAUGACCAGUAGACACUUCAAAACUGAAAACCCAAGCCAUGUCAACUCCUCUAUAGCCUCAUUUAUACCUGGUGCGAACAUGCGUCCUCUUUCCUGAUCUUUUCCACAUUCUGAUUGUGCCCACAUUUUCAGAAAUAUGUCUACACGUGGUAUUAAAAUGUUUCUCUUAUCCA